ACACGACUUGAAAAAGAAAAGAGAAUAUCUUAUAGCUAGGUUGCUUCACCACUGGCACUGAACUGAGUGCCUUCAUUUCACUAUCUCAAACCUCAAAUCCAUUUGGUUACUAAUUUACACAAAGAUUUGAUCUUCCAAGAUUAAGCUCACUGAAGAACAAGCUGCAGUGAAUGUGAAUAGUGAAUCCAAACAAGUACCAGAAAACGGACACAAACAUACUCCUUCCUGAAGAUUCCUUCUCAGUCACCCAAGUUUCCUUUUUGUUCUUGUCCUUUUCUGCCCCAAACUCUUCUUUAGGGCUUUCAAUAAGUGCGUAUUCUCUAAUUGGAUUCACACCAACUUUACUUCAAGAAUGGGAUUGUGGGAUUCGCUUCUCAAUUGGCUCCGGAGUUUAUUUUUUAAACAGGAAAUGGAACUUUCAUUGGUAGGGCUGCAAAAUGCUGGAAAGACAUCUCUUGUAAAUUCCAUUGCUACUGGGGGCUACAGUGAGGACAUGAUUCCAACUGUUGGAUUCAACAUGCGAAAAGUAACAAAGGGAAAUGUGACAAUUAAACUUUGGGACCUUGGAGGGCAAAGGAGGUUUCGUACAAUGUGGGAGCGAUACUGUCGUGGUGUCUCCGCAAUUGUGUAUGUUGUUGAUGCUGCUGACAGAGACAGUGUUCCAAUAUCUCGAAGCGAGCUGCAUGAACUUUUGACGAAACCUUCACUAAUUGGGAUUCCUUUACUUGUUCUGGGAAACAAAAUUGACAAAUCGGAGGCUCUUGCCAAGCAAGCGUUGGUUGAACAGUUAGGACUUGAAUCUUUGAAGGACAGAGAGGUUUGCUGCUAUAUGAUUUCAUGCAAGGAUUCGGUUAAUAUCGAUUCGGUCAUAGACUGGCUUAUCAAACACUCUAAAACUGCUGGGUAAGAUUAGAUACUGGUUAAAAUUCAAGCAGGUAUCGAAGGUUGAGCUGGUGACCGGAGCAGAAGUUGCCGAAAGAGAAUCCUUAGUGCUAGAUUCUGAGAUGUUUUAGCACUAUAGUUAUGUGUUGAUGCUGUACAGUGUCCAAAGGCAAGAAUUUCAUAUUUUCUUUAUUAAUGUCCUUUUUUCUUUUCGUUUUUCAUCAUUUGGUUACUAUGUAAUAUGUAUGAUUUUGUUCCUGGAAUACUAUUUUUUUUGCUUUUUACUUUGGUUCUUUCCUUAAUUUCGUGGUUUUAUUGGAUGUACUGCUUAAUUAUGCAUUGCUGCAGUAUCAUCACAGAUGUUAUUUAUUUAUUUAUUUGAAUAAAAUGAAUUUCUCA